AUGGAAUGGUUGAUACCUCCAUAUGUCAGUAUUGAAUGGUUGAUACCUCCAUAUGUCAGUAUGGAAUGGUUCAUACCUCCAUAUGUCAGUAUGGAAUGGUUGAUACCUCCAUAUGUCAAUAUGGAAUGGUUGAUACCUCCAUUUGUCAAUAUGAAAUGGUUGAUACAUCCAUAUGUCAUUAUGGAAUGGUUGAUACCUCCAUUUGUCAAUAUGGAAUGGUUGAUACCUCCAUAUGUCAGAAUGGAAUGGUUGAUACCUUCACAUGUCAGUAUGGAAUGGUUGAUACCUCCAUUUGUCAAUAUGAAAUGGUUGAUACCUCCAUAUGUCAGUAUGGAAUGGAUGAUACCUCCAUUUGUCAAUAUGGAAUGGUUGAUACCUCCAUAUGUCAAUAUGGAAUGGUUGAUGCCUCCAAAUGUCAGCAUGGAAUGGUUGAUACCUCCAUAUGUCAAUAUGGAAUGUAUUGAAUGGUUGAUACCUCCAUAUGUCAGUAUAGAAUGGUUCAUACCUCCAUAUGUCAGUAUGGAAUGGUUGAUACCUCCAUAUGUCAAUAUGGAUUGGUUGAUACCUCCAUUUGUCAAUAUGAAAUGGUUGAUACCUCCAUAUGUCAGUAUGGAAUGGUUGAUACUUCCAUAUGUCAGUAUGGAAUGGUUGAUACCUCCAUAUGUCAGUAUGGAAUGGUUGAUACUUCCAUAUGUCAGUAUGGAAUGGUUGAUACCUCCAUAUGUCAGUAUGGAAUGGUUAAACUUCCAUAUGUCAGUAUGGAAUUGUUGA